GGUUGUUCUUUGUAGACUGAAUUCUUCAGCUGUUAAAAUGAGCUUGUGGUAUUUUCUGAAAAUGAAGUUUUUAAUGAAGGCACUGCGGUACCAUAAUAAAAAGCUAGAAGGAAAGAGGAGUGAAAGCAAAAUGGCAGGAAACAGCCUGGUUCUGCCCAUCGUGCUGUGGGGCCGCAAAGCCCCCACGCACUGCAUAUCCACCCUGCUGCUCAUGGAGGACGCAUCCAUGAUCGUCACGGGAUGCCACGAUGGACAGAUCUGUCUCUGGGACCUCUCCUUGGAUUUAGAGAUUAAUCCCAGAGCUCUGUUAUUUGGUCAUACAGCCUCAAUUACUUGUUUAUCAAAGGCCUCUGCUUCCAGUGAAAAGCAGUAUAUAGUGAGCGCAUCGGAAAGCGGGGAGAUGUGUCUGUGGGAUGUGAAUGAUGGGAGAUGCAUAGAGUUUACUAAACUAGCCUGUACACAUACUGGCAUACAGUUCUAUCAGUUUACAGUGGGGACUCAGCGUGAAGGGAGACUAUUAUGCCACGGACAUUAUCCAGAAAUUCUUGUUGUGGAUGCUACCAGCCUUGAAGUUCUUUAUUCUUUAUUGUCCAAGAUAUCUCCUGACUGGAUCAGCUCCAUGACUAUCAUUCGAUCCAACAGAACACAAGAGGAUACCGUUGUAGCAGUUUCAGUGACUGGCAUCCUGAAAGUGUGGAUAAUAACCUCUGAAGUUAGUCGAAUGCAGGAUACAACACCAGUAUUUGAAGAGGAGUCAAAACCUAUUUAUUGUCAAAACUGUCAAAGCAUUUCUUUCUGCGCGUUCACCCAGCGGUCGUUGCUGGUAGUGUGUUCCAAAUACUGGAGGGUUUUUGAUGCUGGAGAUUAUUCCCUUUUGUGUUCAGUCCCUAGUGAAAACGCUCAGACCUGGACUGGUGGUGACUUUGUGUCGGCUGAUAAAGUGAUUGUAUGGACAGAAGAUGGACAAAGUUUCAUAUAUAAAUUACCAGCCAGCUGCCUCCCAGCUAGUGAUUCAUUUCGCAGAGAUGUGGGGAAAGCAGUAGAAAAUUUAAUUCCACCUUUAUUGUACAGUGUGUUGGACAGAGCAGACAAACAGCUACUAAUAUGUUCUCCAGUUACUCGAUUCUUCUAUGGACAUAGGGAGUUUUCCUAUAAGCUGUUAAUCCAAGGAGACUCUUCAGGGACGCUGUGUAUUUGGAGUGUGCCUGAUACCCUUGAACAACAAGAUAGUGCAAAAGGACUGCAAACAACAACUUCAAUAUCCCUCCAGGAAGCUUUUGACAAACUUACUCCUCGCCCUGCUGGGAUUAUAGACCAACUGAGCUUAGUACCAAACAUCAACGAGCCACUUAAAGUGACAGCCAGCGUGUAUAUCCCGGCACACGGGCGCUUGGUUUGCGGGCGUGAAGAUGGCAGCAUCGUUAUUGUGCCAGCAACACAGACUGCUAUAGUUCAGCUGCUGCAGGGAGAGCACACGCUUCGGAGAGGUUGGCCACCUCACCGGACUCUCCGAGGCCAUCGAAACAAAAUUACAUGUUUACUGUAUCCUCAUCAGGUUUCUUCUCGUUACGACCAAAGGUAUUUGAUCUCAGGUGGUGUGGAUUUCUCAGUCAUCAUAUGGGAUAUAUUUUCUGGAGAGAUGAAACAUAUCUUCUGUGUACAUGGGGGAGAAAUAACACAGCUUCUAGUUCCACCAGAAAACUGUAGUGCAAGAGUCCAGCACUGUGUGUGCUCUGUUGCCAGUGAUCACUCAGUAGGUCUUCUGAGUCUGCGGGAGAAAAAGUGCAUCAUGCUGGCAUCCCGUCACCUUUUCCCUAUUCAAGUAAUAAAAUGGAGGCCUUCCGAUGACUAUCUGGUGGUGGGGUGUUCAGACGGGUCUGUGUACGUCUGGCAGAUGGAUACUGGCGCGCUGGACAGGUGUGUGAUGGGAAUAACGGCGGUGGAAAUCCUCAACGCCUGCGACGAGGCAGUCCCGGCGGCGGUGGACGCCCUGAGCCAUCCCGCCGUCAACCUGAAGCAGGCCAUGACUCGCCGCAGCCUGGCCGCUCUGAAAAACGUGGCGCAUCAGAAACUCCAGACUCUGGCCACUAACCUGCUCGCCCCCGAAGCGUCUGACAAGGGGAAUUUACCUAAAUAUUCACACAACUCCCUGAUGGUUCAGGCUAUAAAGACUAACUUAACCGAUCCAGAUAUACAUGUGCUCUUCUUUGAUGUAGAAGCCCUGAUUAUCCAGCUCCUGACUGAGGAGGCCUCCAGGCCCAACACUGCACUCAUUUCUCCAGAGAAUUUACAGAAAGCCUCCAGCGGGUCUGACAAAGGAGGCUCCUUUUUGACUGGUAAGCGAGCAGCCGUCCUCUUCCAGCAGGUGAAGGAAACAAUCAAAGAGAAUAUAAAAGAGCAUCUUCUUGAUGAUGAAGAUGAGGAUGAAGACUCGAUUAGGCAGAGGAGAGAAGACGGUGACCCGGAAUAUCGCUCUAGCAAAUCCAAACCGUUAACUUUAUUAGAAUAUAAUCUAACCAUGGAUACGGCAAAGCUUUUUAUGUCCUGCCUUCAUGCCUGGGGCCUGAAUUCUGUUCUAGAUGAGCUUUGCCUUGAUCGUCUCGGGAUGCUUAAGCCCCACUGUUCGGUGUCCUUCGGCCUCCUGUCCAGAGGAGGCCACAUGUCUCUGAUGCUUCCUGGCUAUAACCAGCCUGUAGGCAAACCGUCCUACGACAGCGUGGAGUUGGGCAGGAAAAUGUCCAUUACAGAAGGACUCGGAAAGGGGACGUACGGCGUGUCGCGUGCCGUCACCACGCAGCAUCUCCUCUCUGUCAUCUCGCUGGCCAACACGCUGAUGAGUAUGACCAACGCAACUUUUAUCGGAGACCACAUGAAGAAAGGUCCGACCAGGCCACCCAGGCCAGGCACUCCUGAGAUGUCAAGAGGGAAGGCAGCCCCUCCGAUUUCAAGUCAUGCAGCCCAAGGACAAAUUAAACAAGUUGCUCCUGCUGUUUCUUCUAGCACUGAAGCUGGUCACUCUGGCUCUGACACUGCUCCUACUUUACAUACCUGUUUCUUAGUCAAUGAAGGGUGGAGCCAGCUCGCUGCUAUGCACUGUGUGAUGCUCCCCGACCUGCUGGGGCUGGAUAAAUUCAGACCACCUCUUCUGGAGAUGCUGGCUCGCAGGUGGCAGGAUCGAUGCUUGGAGGUAAGAGAAGCUGCCCAGGCCUUACUGCUAGCGGAGCUGAGAAGAAUCGAGCAGGCAGGGCGGAAAGAAACCAUUGACGCGUGGGCUCCUUACUUACCCCAGUACAUUGACAGCGUUAUAUCACCCGGAGUAACCACAGAAGCCAUUCAGACCGGUGGUGCAAGCCCAGAUUUGUCGGGAACAGAAGGCAAAGUUCAGGAAGAGGAGCACGACCUGGUCGACGAUGACAUCACGGCAGGUUGCCUGUCGGGUCUCCCCCAAACAAAAAAAAUAUCCACGUCCUACGAAGAGAGGCGGAAGCAAGCCACGGCCAUCGUCCUGCUGGGGGUGAUCGGGGCAGAAUUUGGAGCUGAAAUCGAACCGCCAAAGCUCCUCACGCGGCCACGCAGUUCCAGUCAGAUUCCCGAGGGAUUUGGGUUGACCAGCGGCGGAUCGAAUUAUUCCUUGGCGAGGCAUACGUGCAAGGCGCUGACGUUCCUGCUGCUGCAGCCGCCCGGCCCCAAGCUGCCGGCGCACAGCACCAUCCGCAGAACCGCCAUCGACCUCAUCGGCCGCGGCUUCACCGUCUGGGAGCCCUACAUGGACGUCUCGGCCGUGCUCAUGGGCCUCCUGGAGCUCUGCGCCGACGCGGAGAAGCAGCUUGCCAACAUCACAAUGGGGCUGCCCCUGAGCCCGGCCGCCGACUCUGCCCGCUCGGCGCGACACGCGCUCUCCCUCAUCGCCACGGCCAGACCGCCCGCCUUCAUCACCACCAUCGCCAAGGAGGUGCACAGGCACACCGCCCUGGCAGCCAACACGCAGUCGCAGCAGAACAUUCACACCACCACCCUCGCCCGGGCCAAGGGAGAGAUCUUGAGAGUCAUCGAGAUACUUAUUGAGAAGAUGCCCACCGACGUUGUGGACCUGCUGGUGGAGGUUAUGGACAUCAUCAUGUAUUGCCUUGAAGGAUCUUUAGUUAAGAAGAAAGGUCUUCAGGAAUGCUUCCCAGCCAUCUGCAGGUUCUACAUGGUCAGCUAUUACGAGCGGAGUCACAGAAUAGCGGUGGGAGCUCGCCAUGGUUCAGUGGCCCUCUACGACAUCCGGACUGGGAAAUGUCAGACCAUCCACGGCCACAAAGGACCCAUAACUGCGGUGGCUUUUGCCCCCGACGGCCGGUACCUCGCCACGUACUCCAACUCCGACAGCCACCUCUCCUUCUGGCAGAUGAACACCUCCCUCCUGGGGAGCAUCGGCAUGCUCAACUCCGCGCCCCAGCUCCGCUGCAUCAAAACCUACCAGGUGCCGCCGGUGCAGCCCGCCUCGCCGGGCUCCCACAACGCCCUCAGGCUGGCUCGCCUCAUCUGGACCUCCAACCGCAACGUCAUCCUCAUGGCCCACGACGGCAAGGAGCAUCGCUUUAUGGUCUAGGCCGGGAGGAGGAAGGCACUGGGAACGCCGCGCUCCCUGCGUGGGGCUCGGUGACACCACGACACGACCCCCCCUCAGCAUCCCACCCCCCAGCUUCAGCCCGCCCGAGCCCGGCCCCUUCCUCGCUGGAUCUCCAGCUCACGCCCCCAUCCGACACGUUUUGUGGUUUGGGUUUGGGUUUUUUUUUUUGGGGUUUUGUUUUUUCCUUCGGAGACCCUCGCAGAAUCUCAGUGUUUACCAAAAAGGCUCGUGUUUACAUGGACGUUCUCCCAGGGACCGCUGACCGACGGCGGGUGGCACGACUCGGAUUUCUUCCCGGGGGGGCUCGCUGCGGCGGAUGCCGCGGGGAUUGAGUUUUGGGGAGGGGGGGGGUGGGCCCACGUGCUGAUCCGAAGGGGAUGUUUGCUCACACAAAAUCUCAGUUUUCGAGAGAAUUGGAAGCGCAGCUGCGCCCAGUCACUGCUUGCGGUAGUCUGGAAGAAAGAAUAAUAGUCCACAUGUAAAUAAAUUAAAAAAAAAAAAAAAAAAAAAAAAUCUCUUGAAGAUGGAAUAGCAAACUUGAAAAAAAGGAGUAUUUAUAUAUAAAGGUGGGUUUUGCUACCAGUGCAGGUAUUUAUUAAAAAAAAAUAAAAUAAAAAAAAAAAGACAAAAAGCUUUUUCUUCCGAAAGCUGCUCCCAUUUGUGCCGGGCCGCGCAAAGGACACGGGCCCUGGAGGGGGCGGCACCGGCGCGGAGCAAUUCCGGCUGGAAAAAGGGGGAAAAGUGUGUAGGAGGUAAGUUAUUUGAAUGGAUAUAUUGAAACAUUUUCUUCAGUAGGCAUAAUCCUGUGUAACGUUAGCUGUGACCGUGUUUCCCUCUUCUUACAUAUCUAAUUUUGUGAAAUAUUUAACAGUGUGAAAGUAUGCUGGUUUACGCUCACAGUAAAGAAAAAAAAUCUAUGAAAUACUAUUUUAUUUAAACAUAUUGAUGUAUAUGUUUGUAUAGCUUUUUCUUUGCCAUUUUUGUCUGAAAAGCUCACAGAAUUAAGGCUGUCUUUACGUAAUAAAGUAAAAAUGGUACUUAGAGAAUCUUCCCUUCCCCAAAAAGGAAUAAAUGGUUUUCAAACGGCUUCUAAAUAUGAAAAGCAUUGAUUUUUAUUUUUUUUUUUAGGUGGUCUGUGUAGUACACUGUACAUGAAAGUGAGAUUUACAAUCCAGAAGCUACAUAUCUGUUUGCUGUUUAAAAAUAAUUUAAAAAAAAAAUCUAAAAAGCAAGAAAUUAAGACCGUUAGGAAUGUUUACCGCAAGCUGCUGUAAAGUUUAAUCUUUUUUUUUUCCUCUGGCGGGAAUGUGGCGUAUAGUGGAGAACUCUGUAGUAGGACAUCAGGGCCUUUUCUAAGUGAACUGACGCACCGUGCAUGUACAUUGUGUUUAUACGGAUAUAGAUGUAACCUUGGAGAUUUAAAAUAAAGAACGAAAGAAAGUAAAAGAGGAGAGCUAACAGAUUUAUCAUCCGUAGGAUAAAAUGCUGUGAUUUUCAGCGUAGGCUUCCGAGGAGGGUGCUCAGGUACCCUGCAGGCGUCCCGCCACCGGUAGCCCGGGGCCCGAUCCGUUAGGUUAUGGUAGAGAUCACAUACAGACAUAUAUAUAUAUAUAAUAUAUAUAUAUGUGUGUGUGUGUGUGCUGGCUCUCACAACAGAAUGGUGUGGCCCCAGCAGGAACGUGCCCCACGCCCCCUUUGUGGCCGAGUGAAGAGCCCUCUCCAGUCAGAGACGCGCCGAAACGUUUGGAGCUGGAAGCGAGCCGGGGAUUUCCCCCCGCCGCCCCAGGCAGUCGGGGGGCAGGAGGAGCCGAGGGACCGGCCCGUCUCGCCGUGGCUGGGGGGUGACCCCGCGAAACCCAGCCCUGAGAGCCGCCCUGAAAUGUGUCUUGUCAUCCCGGCGCGAGCUUUUAGUGCUUUAUUGAUCUGUUAGUGCUGUGUUUGGACUUGUCCUUGUAAAUGCGGAGACGCGCGUGGCUUCGUUGGCGGUUCACAAGCAAAAGGUCGACGCGGUGAGGCGCCCGUGUGAAAAUGUUGUGAUGAUUGAAGUCGCCGCGCGUGGGGAAUGGUCCCCGUGUCUGCCUCUCCAGCAGCUUCUCGGCAAAUCCGCUCCCUGUCCUCUCUCUGUACUAAACCUCCCGGUGUAAAUACGCUUGUGAAAUAAAACGGAAUUGUAUUGCA